UCCCCUCCCCGGGCCGCCUCCUCCUCCUCCUCCUCCUCCCUUUCUCUCUCGAUCUGUCUCUCCCGGCCCGGAAUCCAUUCCGGCCUGGGAGCCGGAGCGGCCAGGCCGCCGUCUGCCCGACCCCUGAAUGUCCCGCGGUCUGCCCCCGCCACCCCGUGCGUCUGUCUGCCGGUGCGCCCGCCUACCGACCGGUCCAGAACACAAGCUCAGAGAAGCGAGGGGACUUUGCCAGCUAUGAGAGAGAGCGCACCAGGAUUCGAGACCAGAUGAAGACGUUGAGGCCCAAAGAGGGGAAGUGAGUUGCUUAGGGUCACAUAACGGGGAGAAGUGGAGCAGGGCCUCUAGUCCAAGACCCCUGACUCCACACCUGGUGUUCGUGCUGAGACCUCAGGCUGCUUCCCAGGUCCUCUGGGACAGCCACUGCCUUCCACCAGCCAGGACCAUGGGCAGCAACAAGAGCAAGCCCAAGGAUGCCAGCCAACGGCGCCGCAGCCUGGAGCCCACUGAGAACACCCACGGUGGCGGCGGGGGCGCCUUCCCCACCUCACAGACACCCAGCAAGCCAGCCUCCGCCGAUGGCCACCGAGGCCCCAGUACGGCCUUCCCCUCCGCAGCUGCUGAGCCCAAGCUGUUCGGGGGCUUCAACUCCUCAGACACAGUCACCUCCCCGCAGAGGGCGGGGCCGCUGGCUGGUGGAGUGACCACCUUUGUGGCCCUCUAUGACUAUGAGUCUCGGACAGAGACCGACUUGUCCUUCAAGAAAGGGGAGCGGCUCCAGAUUGUCAACAACACGAGGAAGGUGGAUGUCAGCCAGACCUGGUUCACAUUCAGAUGGCUGCAAAGAGAGGGUGACUGGUGGCUGGCCCACUCGCUCAGCACGGGACAGACGGGUUACAUCCCCAGCAACUAUGUGGCGCCCUCCGACUCUAUCCAGGCUGAAGAGUGGUACUUUGGCAAGAUCACCAGACGGGAGUCAGAGCGGUUACUGCUCAAUGCGGAGAACCCAAGAGGGACCUUCCUGGUGCGAGAAAGUGAGACCACGAAAGGAGCCUACUGCCUCUCCGUGUCUGAUUUUGACAAUGCCAAGGGCCUCAACGUGAAGCACUACAAGAUCCGCAAGCUGGACAGCGGUGGCUUCUACAUCACCUCCCGCACCCAGUUCAACAGUCUGCAGCAGCUGGUGGCCUACUACUCCAAACAUGCUGAUGGCCUGUGCCACCGCCUCACCACCGUGUGCCCCACGUCCAAGCCCCAGACUCAGGGCCUGGCCAAGGAUGCCUGGGAGAUCCCUCGGGAGUCCCUACGGCUGGAGGUCAAGCUGGGCCAGGGCUGUUUCGGAGAGGUGUGGAUGGGGACCUGGAACGGAACCACCAGAGUGGCCAUCAAAACCCUGAAGCCAGGCACGAUGUCUCCAGAGGCCUUCCUGCAGGAGGCCCAGGUCAUGAAGAAACUGAGGCAUGAGAAGCUCGUGCAGCUGUACGCUGUGGUGUCCGAGGAGCCCAUCUACAUCGUUACGGAGUACAUGAGCAAGGGGAGCCUGCUGGACUUUCUCAAGGGGGAGACAGGGAAGUACCUGCGGCUGCCGCAGCUGGUGGACAUGGCUGCUCAGAUUGCCUCAGGCAUGGCCUAUGUGGAACGGAUGAACUAUGUCCACCGGGACCUCCGUGCUGCCAACAUCUUGGUUGGAGAGAACCUUGUGUGCAAAGUGGCUGACUUCGGGCUGGCUCGGCUCAUCGAGGACAACGAGUACACAGCCCGACAAGGUGCCAAAUUCCCCAUCAAGUGGACGGCUCCAGAAGCGGCCCUCUACGGCCGGUUCACCAUCAAGUCAGAUGUGUGGUCCUUUGGGAUCCUGCUGACGGAGCUCACGACAAAGGGACGGGUGCCCUACCCUGGGAUGGUCAACCGAGAGGUGCUGGACCAGGUGGAGCGGGGCUACCGGAUGCCCUGCCCACCUGAAUGUCCCGAGUCCCUGCACGACCUCAUGUGCCAGUGCUGGCGGAAAGAGCCAGAGGAACGGCCCACCUUCGAGUACCUGCAGGCCUUCCUGGAGGACUACUUCACAUCCACGGAGCCCCAGUACCAGCCCGGAGAGAACCUAUAGGGGGGAGGCUGCAGGGCCAGACGGGCUUUUUGGCUUGGAUCCUGGGCUGGGGGGCCCCUGAUGUCAGGUCUUGCCUCCCUCUGCCUGCCCACGUUGAUCCCCUCUGUGGGGCUGACUCGCCAGUGAUGAGGCCCCUCCCUCUUUUGUGGCACAGAAGGGUUUGGGGCCCGGGGCAGCCCUGGGUACAGGGUCCAAGGCUGGCAUGGUGACUGCGUCCAGACUCCUGCUCCAGCCACCUGCAUCCUCCCAGCCUUCCCUCAUGGGGCUCUGUGCAGCUCAGCGGGAGGAAGUGGGGAGAAGGACA